AUGGAGGCUCAAGAGAAGAGCAACAACCACGACAUGGAGGCUCAAGAGAAGAGCAACAACCACGACAUGGAGGCUCAAGAGAAGAGCAACAACCACGACAUGGAGGCUCAAGAGAAGAGCAACAACCACGACAUGGAGGCUCAAGAGAAGAGCAACCACCACCACAUGGAGGCUCAAGAGAAGAGCAACCACCACAGGAGGCACAAUUCACAGCACAGCCUUCACCCUUCACCACUGGGUUUCUUCCUUUUCUGA